GUCCUCAUCGAGUCACUCUGGAGUGACAAGAGCUGGAACACAAAACCUCGUUGUGACUAGCUGAUACUUCUCAUUUUAUAUUCUUUUCUCUACUAUCUACCAAUCUAUCAAACACGAUGUCUGCACCAGUGGUUCAGGGCCUCUCCUCCUUGGGCUCUCAGGCCGGACAAUAUGCCAGGCGUCAGGCCAACACAUGGAGAGACAGACUCUUGACUACAGGUAUGUAAUCAAGACUCGAGACGCUCUCUCACAUUUAACUCCCUUGGACAUGAACCUAACCCAGACAAGACAAAUCUCGCCGUAGGGCACAAAUUGUUCAAACCUCGUUCGCAGUCCACCGACCCGUCUGGGUUACGGCUGGUGGCGCUGCAUACACAACUGCAGCGGCAGCACUGCUGACACUACGAUACAUGAAACGACUAAGAUGAAUGAAUUAAUGGAAGGAGGGGUAACGAGAUCCUUGAUGGAUAGUGACAGGGAUGUUUCUGGUAAACAUACACAUACAGCGGGGGACUGGUCCACGACUGCAAUUUCAUUUCCUUUGUGAUUUUUCUUUUUUUCUUUUUCUAUUUUUGAUUUGUGAUAAGUGGGAAAUAUUAACUAUUCUUUAUUGGGGGCGGGUGAUUUGUCUAUAGCCACGCCAGAUGGCAGGGAUGGAGUUACGGAAUUGUUACAUCCAGGAAACUCAAUGAAAUGAUGAUCAAUCUGAACAACCAA